AUGGAGCAGUGCGCUUGCCUCUGUGGCGGGGGCUCUUCCCGGGGACGUCGGUGUCGUCAGAAGCGCCAGCGCCCAGGCCCAGCUGAGAUGGCAGCAGCCCACAGCAAGCCGGCCCCGGCCCCGGCAGAAAGGCACGUCGAGGCGGACGUGGCAGCGCGGUGCUGCUCGCUGCAGGACCUGCCGGUGGAGCUGCUGGUGGAGAUCUUCGCCUCGCUCCCCGGCACCGACCUGCCCAGCCUGGCCCUGGCCUGCACCAAAUUCCACCGCAUCCUGCAGAUCGACAGCAUCUGGAGACGGCGCUGCCGGGAGGAGUUUGGCGUUCGUCAAACCUUGCAGAACCUGGAGACGAUCCGUGGUAUGUCUUAUCGAGAAGUCUAUACGAAGCUGUUCCACCCAUACAGACACCUUUUGGGUUUGUGGCAGCUGGAUCGUGGCUAUAGAAGACUGCUGAACGUCGUGGUGGACGGCUUAGGCAUCACUGGUUGGACGUGCAGGCCUUCCCUUAACCCCCAGGGGGACGGCCCAAUGCAAUUCGAGCCCGCGUUCAGAAUUCGCCUGACCCAGAGGAAAUCGGCCGCGGUGGAGUGCAUGGAAGGCCGCCACCUGCAGAUUCAGAAGGACAGGCUCAGCAUCAAGCCGGACCACCGGAAGGACUCACCAACGCGGCGCUGGGACGAAUGGGGGCGGGUGCUGGUGCAGGAGGUCAGACAGCCCAGCGACUGCCUGACCUACCGCCGCCUCUACCUCCCGCCCAGCCGCCCGGACGACCUCAUCAGGCCCGGCCUCUUCCAAGGCAGCUACGAUGCCUACGGCCGAACGAUCGUCAUGCUCAGCCUCCAUGGGCAGCGUGCCCGGGUCACGAAGAUCACGGGAGACUCCACCUGGACGCUAGCGAUCCACCUCAGGCACCGCAUCCAGCUGCGAGAUGGCGAGUUCUUCCGCAACUUCUACGAGCUCUCCCGCGUGGUCCAGGAGAUUGACCAGCAGGUGAUCCGGGAGGAGCAGCAGCAAGAAGACGGGACUGGGGAAAGCCAGGGCCAUGGCUGGCAGAGCCCUGCCCAGCCCAGCGGCGGGGAGUCCGGGGCUGCAGCUUCGGAGGAGCAGCCGGUCCCGUUUGUUCUGCCUCCGGGCGUGCGCUCAAGGGACCAGAACUACCCCGGAACCUGCAGGAUGUGUUUCUAUGGCGUGGACACUUUUACUGUUACCUUACCUGGCUUCACCUCCCCCAGGCGCUUCCCUGGAGUCUUCAUCGUGUUCGAUGAGAACCACUUCGGGUUCAUCUCUCUGGCGAUGAAAUAUUUCAUCCUGUUCUGCAGAGUCCAGAACACCUUCCAGAAUGUGGAGGCACCAUCCCCGCAGGCCUUCCUGGAGAUGCUCCAGGACAUUCAGUCCGGACCCCCUGGGAAGAGCAGCUGGUAUGCACUUUGA